AGUUUCCGGGUCUCUGGAGUGAACCUCCUGUCUCGCUUCCUUGACAGCUCACCCGGAGUUCUGGCUCAGGUGGGCUCUAGGGUUUGCCGUCGGGGACCUAGGCUCUGGAAGACUCCCUACUUUGGCAAUCCCAGCUCUCCACCCUCUCCGGGGCAUUUUCUUUUCCGGAACCCAGGCCUUCCUGCUGUAGCUGUCACCUCCUUUUCUUAACUACACAGGACUCCCUCAGUUCUUCACCUUCCCUAUCCCCCCCACCAACAGUACUUACUUCUAGCUUCUGGGGUGUUGUUUUCUUUUAACUUAACCUGCUAAACUGGAAGUGUGGGACACACACAGAUAUCCCAACCCGGGCCAUGUUCUCAGAGCUGUUUGCUGGGAAUUGAGUUCAGGAUAUGGAAUGAGGAACCUCUGCAACUGGUAAUAAAACUAGGGCCAUGCGGGAAGCAGUGAGGACUCUGCUUGCUAGUUAUUCCACAGACAUUCCCUAGGAGAGCCCUCCAGGGUGACUAUGCCCCUGUCUGAGGGACCCAGUGAUCAGUCACCUGAUGUCUCAGAAGAAAGGUCAGGCCUUAGAGUGCACACCUGUAACCUGGUACUCAGAGAUGCGAUUCAUGCUACUGUUCAGCCGGCAGGGAAAACUUCGGCUACAAAAAUGGUACCUGGCCACCUCAGACAAGGAGAGGAAGAAGAUGGUCCGAGAGCUCAUGCAAGUCGUCCUGGCUAGAAAGCCCAAAAUGUGCAGCUUCCUGGAGUGGAGGGACCUCAAAGUUGUCUAUAAGAGAUACGCCAGUCUCUAUUUCUGCUGCGCCAUCGAAGGCCAAGACAACGAGCUGAUCACACUGGAGCUGAUCCACCGAUACGUAGAGCUCUUGGACAAGUACUUCGGCAGCGUAUGUGAGUUGGACAUCAUCUUCAACUUUGAGAAAGCCUACUUUAUCCUGGACGAGUUUCUGAUGGGUGGGGAUGUCCAGGACACCUCCAAGAAGAGUGUGCUCAAGGCCAUUGAGCAGGCUGACCUGCUGCAGGAGGAGGAUGAGUCGCCGCGCAGUGUCCUGGAGGAGAUGGGCCUGGCAUAGCCCCGUCAGCCAGCGGGGGGCCCUGUGGACCGGGGGAAGACAAGACAAGACAGCACUUGGGGGCUGUUUCUCUCACCUCUCCCCCAGACCCCUUCUCUUGGAGGGACUCGGCUGCUUUUCCUCGGCCACCUUACCUACUUUAGAAGGAGCUGUGGCUCCGGCCCUUCGUACAAACAUUCCCUCCUUCCAAAUCUCCCUUCCCUCCACCCUCUACCUCUCCCAGCGAAGGUUUUAGGAUCUAGAAGGGAGGAAAAACGUGACCUGGAUGGGGGUGCUCAGUGGCUUCCAUUUUCCUUCCUUUGAAGAAGCAUUGUUGAGCCCAGCCAUCCCUCGCCCUCCAUGUGCCCUGUAUGGCUGUAAAUAUAUAAAUACGUCAGGUUAAAGGGAAAAGGUUUCCAGGGCUCUUUUCUCUCCUCUGCCCCAAAACCUACCUCCACGCCUCCCCAUAACCAGCCAGGGCAGCUUCUCUGCCUGGGAGGGGCUUUGUCCUCUCCAGCCCCCACUUCCUCCUGGGCUCCAGUGUCCAGCCAGGGCCAGGGAAGGGAGCCACAGAGUUAACGUUUUUCUAACCUUGCUACUUGGAGGGAAGGGAAGGUUGGGGGAGAGGCCUGCUUUCUGGGACACUGACCCUGUCCCCUUUCCUCCACUCCACGGUGAGGGUGCGGCAGGAGCCAAGCAGGUGGCAUGGGCCAAGUGGCUGCCUUUAUCUCCUUUCUUCUGAAAUAAAAGGAAAAAGUGUUUCUGGA